AUGUCUGACAGUCGGGCACUGUUAGAUGGCUGCCAUGCCAAAGUCGAUGGAAUUGAUACAUCAUACGGUUAUGUACCAACACUAGCGGCUGGAAUUGCCUAUUGCGCUCUCUUUGGCGUCUCGAUGCUUCUUCACACGGCUCAAUUCUGCUGGAAGCGAACGUGGUGGUGCGGUGUUUUCAGUAUUGGCUGCUUAGUCGAAGUCAUUGGCUGGGCCGGUCGAACCUGGUCAUCCAAAUGUCCAUAUAACUCAACCGCAUUCCUAAUGCAAAUCUCUACCCUUAUCAUCGCACCCACCUUCUUCACAGCGGGCAUCUACGUCCUCCUAGGCCGCUUCAUCCAAAUCCUCGGCCGAGAAUCAUCCAUUCUCAAACCCAGCCUCUACCUCUGGAUCUUCUGCACCUGCGACAUCGUCUCCCUCGUCAUCCAAGCCAUCGGUGGUGGCAUGGCCUCCUCCGAAGCAGACAAAGUCAACGGCGACACCGCGACAGGUACCCACAUCAUGGUAGCCGGUAUCAUCUUCCAGCUGUUCUCGAUCACCAUUUUCGUCUUUUUUGCUGCCGAUUUCAUGCUGCGUACCCUGCGCCACAAGCUCCUCCAGUCUCUGACUGGGUCUGUCGUGCCCCUGCUCGGCGCAAUGAUCUUCUCCGUGUUGUGCAUUUAUGUGCGGAGUAUCUACCGUACUAUCGAGCUGUUGCAGGGUUGGCAUGGAUUCUUGAUCACUCACGAGAAAUACUUCAUUGCACUUGAUGGUGCUAUGAUGGUUGCUGCCGUCGUUGUGUUUAAUGUUGUUCACCCUGGCUGGCUGUUACCCGAUCAGCACAAGUCCGCCAAGCCGAAGCGAGACUAUGCAUCUGAUGAGAUUGAGAUGAACCGUCCUAUGUCUUGA